AUGGGAGGGCAUGUUGACCAUAAGAUUAACCAAGGGGGUGGUCCUUACGUUUUCAAACUCUGUAGACAGAAUUACCACCGAAUAGGAUUGUUACUUCCACCUGAAGGAAGGAAACCCCAGUUUACACAGCUUUAUAUUUAUGACAUAGAGGAUGAAACCAGUCAUAAAUUAAAUUCUGUACGAGGUAAUACAGCCGAUGCUACUGUUGACAGGGAAUUAGUACAUGAAUUGCAAUUGAUGUUUGAUGCGAAUAGUGAAUUGGUUAAAAGUUUUCGUUCUAUCAGGAACCAUAUCCAUUGGAAUGAUAUUAGAGAUGUGCAUUUGCAGUUAAAAAUGAAAAGGGAAAAGGAUGGAAGACAAUACAAUUUGCCAACUGCAUCUGAAAUUGCGGGUUUAAUUGUCAGUGAUAUUGGAAUUUCAGAAAUUGGAAAAGAUGUCAUUGUUCAUCAUUCGAAAAAGGGUCUUCAAAGAAUUGCUGACUUGCAUCCAAGCUUUAUGGCAUUAAUGGUGAGUCCAGGAGACUUGUGGAGAACAAAUGCAGAACGCCUAUCUGAAGACAUUCCCUACAUUCUUAAACAAAAAACGCGGAUGACAGAAUUAAGAUGCACUAAGGAACAAAUUCACAAUCAUGCAUUGUUCGAGAUUGAUGAGCUCAUGAAAAAAGGAGGAAAAUCCUUGGCUGAUUUCCCUGGAAUGCGAAUUUCGGACUAUUCCAUUUUUUAG